AUGCUCAGCAAUUUGGGGGUUAUGGAAAUACCUUUGCUUUGGCGCAAUUUCACGUGGUCUAAUGGUCAGGACCCGCCUAUCCUGGCCAAGCUCGAUAGGGCCCUUGUUAACCUGGCUCAUACCACCACCUUCCCGGUCACCACUCUCCCCCCCAGGGCCAAACCCACCUCUGACCACACUCCGAUUUUCCUUUCCAUGUCCACCACAAUUCCAAAAUCUCCUCUCUUUCACUUCGAAAACGCUUGGCUCCUGAGACAAACUCUCCUCCCAUCCAUCCUCCCAGCGUGGGCUGAGGCGCGUAUGUGCAGCGACGCAGCCGGCCAGCUUGCUGCAUGCCUCAAGUUGACCAGAGCGGCGACAAAAGUUUGGUCUCGGUGUUUCAGGGCGCCACACCAGAUUAUUACCGAUUGCAAGUUCAUAAUCAAAUUACUAGACACUUUUGAGGAGGAGCGGGCUUUAUCUACUGACGAAUUUCAGGCACGCAGGACUUGUCUUGAUUGCCUCGCUCAGGCAGUCAAGGAGAAAGCUGCUUUCUGGAAGCAGCGGAGCAAAUUCAGGGCGGUCAAAGCGACCGUUCGGCUACGCAGCAACAACAUCCGAUAUGUUGAAGUUCAAGAUUAUGUAAUUGCAAGCCAUGAGGGGAAGAUUCAGGCGCUCACCAACUUCUUCAGCUCCAUUAUAGGCAAACCAGGAACGGCAACGUGGGGUUUUGAUGUGGAACGCCUCUUCCAAGAUCAGCGCCAGCCAUCACAGGAUCUCAUUGCACCUUUCUCUGAGUCAGAGACUCUAGAAGCCUUGAAGUCAAUGGACAGAACCAGUGCUCCAGGCCCAGACGGCUUCGAUCCCUCCUUUUACAGGGCGGCUUGGUCCCAGGUCAAGCCGCAAGUGAUGGCCUUCUUGCAUGCUUUCCAUCUCGGACAAGCACGGUUAGAGAGAAUCAACAGGUCUUACAUGGUGAUCAUCCCAAAAAAGCCUGGGGUAGUUGCUGUGGAUGCUUUCCGACCCAUCUGUCUGCAGAACUGCUCCAUCAAGAUCCUCGGAAAAGUGCUAACAAGGAGACUACAGAAAGAGAUUGGGAAUUUGAUUGACUUGCAUCAGACAGGUUUCCUGAAGGGCCGCUCGAUCUCGGAGACUUUUGUCUUCGCUGCCGAACUGGUUCAAGCUUGCAACAAAAGAAAGCUGCCCUCCAUAGUGCUCAAACUAGACUUUGCGAAAGCUUUUGACACGGUUAUCUGGGACAGCCUUGACACCAUUCUGCGUGCAAGGGGCUUCCAAGACAGCUUGGAGAUGGGCGUUCCACUCUUCUAUGGACUGUUGUCUGGACAGGAGAUGAGGCACUGGAAGACCGCUUUUCCAAGGCUGUUUUCCCACUGCAUCAACAAGGGGUGCACGGUACAGCAGGCGAUCAGUACAAACCUUCAAGGAUGCUUUGUGAACCGUUUGUCAACGCAAGCACAGCAUGAACUCCAGGAAUUGAAUGAUAUCCUGCAGCAAUUACAGCUCUCAGAUCAACCGGACAUGAGACUGUCGACUUUCAGUCGAACCAAGGACAAGCUGGACACAUCUGCCAUCUACCGUCUGCUCAAAGCCAGAGGACAAGAAAAUGAUCCAACAUCAACCUUCAUCUAG